CAUAAUGUUCGAAUCAAUUCUGCCAUCCUUGAGUCCAAUUGAGAGCUUCGUCUCUCAACAAUCGUCUACCCCGCUCUCACCGCCUUCUACCCCAAAGCUACACCCACUGCCCUCUCCGCCCGACCCUCCAGCUUUCUCUCUGCCACCUAGUUAUGUCCAGUAUCUUGCCUUACUCAUUCUCUCACAGAGCGAACUCUUCGGGGACGCCACAGACUAUCCGAGCAGCACUUUUUCGACCAACCGGAUGUCUGCCCAAGACGAGCCUAUAGACGUGUCACUGUUCUCUCUGGAGACUUCACCAACUCGGAGGAGGAUUUCGGAAAGAACGCCCGAAUUUUUUGGUUGAGACGGUCUGAUCACCGUGCAAUACUAUACUGUAAAGCUUUCUCCCUUGCCUUGAGUGCUCAGACAUACCGUUCUCGACACGCAUUGCCGUGAGCGAGUUCUUUUGUGGAAUAUAUUGGUCUUGUUACAAGACGUGUGUUGUGGUUGAGGCUAGAUCGCCAUUUCUGUUAAGGGCUUAACGCCCACUGAUGCGUCUAACUUCGUCUUCGUUUCAAGGAAGUCAUUGUACGUAGCUUUACUGAGGCGGCCACGCGUCCCUCAGAAGCAAAUUUCUGAC